AUGACGAGACGCUCCUCGGGGUCGACCGACGACGGUGACAAAUCCUCUCCCAUCGAUCCCGAUGUCCUCGCCGAGGUCGAUAACCGCCCCUCUGGCCUCAAGUCUCGUCCACUCUCGACCCGGGUAUCCCGUCGGCCUAGCAAUCUCGAUUGGAACCAUGCUUUACCCUCCAAUGGCAACGGACAUGCAUCCCCAAAGCUCAUAACCCCCUCUCCUCCCAUCUCACAGUCGCCAACACUGCCCGCGACCUCCUCGGGCAUGGGCCAUCCCAAACCGAGCCCGCCUGGCCGCCAUCGAAGCCAUGCCCGUCGCUUUGGUACUUGGUCAAUAUCCAUCUUCGCCCUUGUUACUGCCGCGCUGGGUCUGCUCCUGCUUGCCGCUAUCGUCCACUCCUUGGUGAGGAGGCAGCAGGAUGCAAAGGGUUGUCGCAUGUCGUAUAUGCGACCAUCGUAUAUUCACUUUCGCGAGUUCGACACCGAGCACACUCGUUUCGCCACCAAGUACUCUCUUCAUCUAUAUCGUGAGCAGGGGCUUGAUGACGAGGCCAAGCUUCGCGGAGUUCCGGUCCUUUUUAUUCCUGGCAAUGCCGGCAGCUACAAGCAAGUCCGGCCGAUUGCCGCCGAGGCAGCAAGCUACUUUUACGAACACCUUCAGCACGACGGAAGCUCGCUCAAUGCUGGCAUUCGCAACCUCGAUUUCUUCACUGUCGACUUCAACGAAGAUAUCACCGCUUUUCAUGGCCAGACCUUGCUCGACCAAGCCGAAUAUUUGAAUGAGGCUAUUCGCUACAUUCUGUCUCUAUAUUCUGACCCCAACAAAGUCAUCCGCGACUCCGACCUGCCCGAUCCUACGUCCGUCAUUAUCAUCGGCCAUUCCAUGGGCGGUGUCGUUGCUCGCACCAUGCUUGUGCAGCCAAAUUACCAAGCCAACUCGAUUAAUACCAUCGUCACAAUGUCUGCGCCGCAUGCCCGCCCGCCAGUAACUUUUGAUGGGCAAAUCGUUCAAAUAUACGACGAGAUAAACGAAUAUUGGAGGAGAGCGUACACCCAGAAGUGGGCCAGCAGCAACCCGCUCUGGCAUGUUACCUUGAUUUCCAUUGCUGGCGGUAGCCUUGACACUGUUGUGCCUUCCGAUUACGCCGAUAUUGACUCGCUUGUGCCUGAGACUCACGGCUUCACUGUAUACACUACUGGUGUACCCACAGUUUGGACCAGUGCUGACCACCAAGCCAUCAUGUGGUGCGAUCAAUUCCGCAAGGUUGUCAGCCAGGCUUUGUUCAACGUUGUUGAUGUCAAUCGGGCCAGCCAGACCAAGCCUAGAGCUGAGAGAAUGACUAUGUUUAGGAAGCGAUUCUUGACUGGCUUGGAGCCCAACGCGCAAAAAACCAUCAACCAAGGUCAAGCUACUACCCUCAUUAUGGUUGACGAGGACAUGAAGAAUCUCGUUCCAACAGGCCAACGUCUAGUUUUGAGGCAACUAGGCACCAGCCCGAGCCAACAAGUGCACUUCCUACCUAUUCCUCCGCCGGCCGACCCCGCUAGCAAGCGAUUCUCACUCAUAUCCAACAGCCCGCUUAGCGAUGUUUCCGGAUCCGGUUCUCUCGAGGUCUUGCUUUGUACCGUACUGACAGCACCUGCUGCCAGUGUUCCAUUUGUUGUGACAUUGGACUUCACUCAGCUCAACAAAAGUGGCAUGAAACUCGCGUGCAAGAACGCUGCAGGCGACGUGGCUGUUCUGCCAGCUUCUACCAAGCGCACCAUCAACCCAUUUUACCGUGACGGCGAGCCAGAGUUGGUUCCCUUUGCGCACUUGAGAUACGACGCCCAGCAUCUGUCAGAUUAUCAUUUUGUUGCCAUCAUCGACAGGGCGGAAUCACCUGUUGACAAUUUCGUUAUCGCAGAGUUCAGCAACCUCUUGGACUUUGAACAAGAGCACACUAUCGUGCUCGGUAGAUUGCUUACACUUGGGCUUUCAUUUACCUUGCCCGCGACGAGGCCCACUGUUGUAGAAGCGAGAGUUCCUGCCAUUGAGUCCAGUCUUUUGGCUUAUAACCUUCGAGUGGAAUCUGGAGCAUGUGCUAAGGAUGCUAUGUUUGCACCGAUGCUGCGCCAAUUCCUGCAGAGCCCGUAUGAGUCGCGCUACUUUGUCAACAUAUCGCAGGCCGGUAUCAGCCUUCAUGGUGCAGCGCCGUAUAUGCCACCAACCUUGGCUCACAAGGCCAACAAAGGUGUCACCCUGGAAUUCUUCUCGGAUCCGACAUGCAAAGCUCCUAUCAAGGUCACCGUAACUUUCGAUCUCUUGGGCAGCUUGGGCAAACUGUACAUGCGCUACCGCACUGUGUUUGCAGCGUUUCCGCUACUCAUAGUUACUCUGGUUCUUCGCAAGCAGUUCCGCGUCUAUGACGAGACUGGCGUCUUCAUCUCCUUCUCAGAGAGUCUCGACCUUUCACUCCGCCAAUCAAUUCCGCUGUUACUUCUCUCCCUGACGCUCUUGGCGACCUCGAUUGGCGUAGCGCCACGGAUUGAUAGCAGCAGACACAGCUGCCCGUUGGCGGACACGGUGUCGGCUAUCGAUUUUCAUCGCAAUGAUCUUUUGAUCGGUGGCGACGACCCAGUCUUCACUUUCAUGGUGCCACUAAUUGGUAUCGUUUGUAUUGGAGUCUGCACCGCUCUGCACUACACCAUUCUGCUUCUCACACAGCUUUUCAGUUUUGCGUUUAUCAUAUUCCGGCCCAGCGGAAGCGCCGAUGCGGCCCACGGAAGCGCCAGGGUUGCUUCUCCCAUCUUCGCACCAUCCACUCCCCGACGACGCAUGAUUUCAACCGCAAUUCUUCUGUUAUUAGUGGCAACAUUUAUCCCAUACCAGUUUGCCUAUCUGGUUGCGUGUCUUGUCCAACUCUUUACGUCCGUCAGAGCUCUCCGCAUUAGUGCCGUCACGCCGUCCACAUCCAAUGUUAAUUACUACCACUACACGCACUCGAUUCUGCUGUUGAUGAUGUGGGUUCUCCCGAUCAACUUGCCCAUUUUGGCUGUGUGGGUGCGAAACCUGGCGGUACACUGGCUUACACCCUUUUCCUCGCACCACAAUGUACUCUCCAUCACACCCUUCAUCCUUUUGGUCGAGAACAUGACGACUGGCCGCAUGGUACCGCAAGUAUCAAGCUGGUUGCGACACGUCACAAGCAUUCUCUUGUUCGCUACUGCUCUGUGUGCCGCCAUAUACGGCGUCUCUCAUGCCUACCUGCUGCAUUAUCUAGUCAACAUCAUCGCCGCCUGGCUCGUGCUCCUUCACGCUACCUCUACAUCAUGGUCGGUCAGUAACCUUGGCGCUAUGUUUGAGGGGAAUGCCGAUGAAAGCAGGACAGACGGGAAAUCGUCAUGA